CAAGAUGAUUUGGAAGAUGUUUUGCUAGCUACGUUUUGGGAUUGGGCCAUUUACUCAGAUGAAAAGAAGCGGCGCACAAUCCUCAUGGAUGUACCAUUUUAUGAUCAUUCAAUGAGGUGUAUCUGCAGUCUUGUACCAUUCCAUAUUUUACUCGAGCAACACUUAGGCUGCAUCGACUUCGGUGAAUUAGGCGGGCCGGUCGAACGCGUGAGCGAGCUGCGCCUGGAGGCGAUGAGGCCGCUUCUGGAGAUGCGCGACAUAUAUGGACUUUCUGCAUUCCAUUAUGCAAUCAUGGCAGAGAACG